UGGCGGCAAUACUUCCUGUUUAGGGAUUUCGCCUUCAACAAAGAUGGUGCUUAUGGUACAGGUUUCCUAACAGUCUGGAUUCCGGUUGUAGUUUUUUUUUUUAAAGCGACGUGUUUGCAGACGGGGAAAUGGAGGCCAGAGACAAGCAAGUGCUCCGCUCCCUCCGCCUGGAGCUGGGUGCAGAGGUACUGGUGGAGGGACUGGUUCUUCAGUACCUUUACCAGGAAGGAAUCUUGACCGAAAACCAUGUCCAAGAAAUCAAAGCUCAAGCCACAGGCCUCCGGAAAACAAUGCUGCUGCUGGAUAUCCUCCCCUCUAGGGGUCCAAAAGCAUUUGAUACCUUCCUAGAUUCCCUGCAGGAGUUUCCCUGGGUGAAGGAGAAGCUGGAAAAGGCAAGAGAAGAAGCUGUCAUUGAGCUGCCUUCAGGUGAUCGGACGCCUGGGCUCCCCUCACACAUCCUCAACAGCUCCCCAUCAGACAGGCAGAUCAACCAGCUGGCCCAGAGGCUGGGCCCCGAGUGGGAGCCUGUGGUGCUGUCGCUGGGACUGUCCCAGACGGAUAUCUACCGCUGUAAGGCCAACCACCCCCACAAUGUGCAGUCACAGGUGGUGGAGGCCUUCGUCCGCUGGCGGCAGCGCUUCGGGAAGCAGGCCACCUUCCUGAGCUUGCACAAGGGCCUGGAGGCCGUGGAGGUGGACCCCUCGGUGCUCCAGCACAUGCUGGAGUGACGCCACCCCGUCAGCCCUGGGGAGGGGCCCCAAGUCACUCGUGCUGAAUCCUGACUCACUCAGAGCAGGUGGAUUUUUGUUUUCUCUUUUCACUGAUCCUUAGAUGGAGAGAGAAAACAGUUUCUACUUGACUUUACUUAAAAUGCCAAAUUACUCAGCUGAUCUCCUACAUUGGUUCAACAAUUGAUUGUUUUUAAUUGCUUGAAGAUGGUGUCUUAAUUGUAGUUUUUAACUGUACGGUUGUGUUUUAAUAGACCAGUAAAUCAUAGUGGUUCAAAAAAAACACACAAAAACGCCAUGUUAUCACAUCACAUGCAGGUGUCCCACAUAUAAAACUCCACCCUCAUGUUGCCUGGAAACUGAACUGUGGACUUUGCUAUUCAUAAUGAUGAUAGUAAUAAACAGUGAAUUACUAUACAUAUACUGUGCUCCUUUAAUGAGAAAGUCUGGUGUUUUUCCUCAUUCUUAUAUUGCAGAGAUUAAGGGUAUAUAAUUACAGUAUCAUUUCUUUGGAACAGAAUUGAUAGUAACAAUGAAAUGCCUACUUUCCCCAGUCAACAUAAACAGCUCAGGCAGGAUGUCUGUCUUAAACAUGAGACACCAAAGCUCCCUGCAAAGAUCAGUUCAAGUGCCAGCAUGCACACCCGAGCCCUUCAUCUUUAAAAGAUUGCUUAAGAAAAUCUUGUGCUGUUUAUUUAAAACAUUAAAUUAGGGCAAAAGGGAGGCUGUGGUCUUUCCAUUAAGGCUGUCAUGACUGAAGUGUGUUCCUGAGGAGAGAGAUGGAGUCGUCUCAUCUCACUUAUCGCAACGUGUUGUUUAUGAAAUGCUUUCCUCUUUUCAAGGCUUUUUCCGAUAUGUGAUCUCAUCUGGUCCUCUCAACAAUUCUAUGAGCAGAUAUACAAUAGUGGUUGGCCUCCUCCUACAGAGAGAUUGACUGCUGGCGUGAGUGAGCUAGAAUGCUCCACGUGGCUUCUCUUCCUUUCCCUCUUGCUUGCUCAAAAGGGACAGGAAGAGUCGUGCUCCCACCUACUAGCUGCAUUGCCUUCAGCAAGUUACCUGCCCUCCCUAAGCCUCGGUUUCCUCAUUUGUAGAAUGGGGAGAUGACUGUACUCACCUCCAAGAUCUUCCUGAUGAUUAAAGUAACAAAGUCUGGGCUCAUCCASAGCCUAGAGUAGUCAGCUGUUGGAAAAUGGUAUCUGUUCAUUUGCUGCCAUGGUUGAACAUGUAGUUCACAAAGUGAAGAGUGCCUGAAGACGAGACUCAGAGGGGGAACUAUGCCCAUGCAUUUAAUUACCAACCUUUAAAAUAAGUGAUUUUAUUAACUCUACAAUGGAUCCAAAUGAGAAAAGCACAAGCGAAAAUUCCCUAUCCACGAUCUGUCUUCAUUAAUAAUUGGGCCAUCUAUUUAAUGCUUUUUUUCCAACAGGAAAAAAAAUAUAUACUUUUUAUCUCCUUACAUUAUGAAGACAAGUCUAUAGAGUGGUAGAGUUGAACAAGAAGCAGGUACUCAAAAAGGUGACCAUGGUGUGUUGACAUCCUGUCAGUCAUCUGGUACCCAUAUCCCCUUUACUAGAAAGAUCACUUAUUCCACAGCUCAUUCAUUCAGUGAAUGCAGUCCCAGAGGAUCAUCUACUAGCCUUAUCAGCUCUAAUUUCCCAUCUUAUCACUCAGCCAAUAAUUCAUUAUCUUGUAAGCCUCUCAUACUUUUGUCCACAUCCCUAUACCCAGUGAUAGACUGUGCUUCUAUGGCAUCUUCAAUAAAUUGCUUGUCAUUUUGAA